CCCAUCUCUGACGAUAAGGGAUCGCAGAUUCCCCUUGGAGCAGGACGACCGAGCAACGGCUGUACUCAGCGCCGACAAAGGAGCUACCAAGCCGUUCUCGACUGCGGUCUCCACCACUUCACCGCGCGCGACAGACAAGGAUGUCGAUUGCGCGCUCGACUGUGCCUCUGCUCGUGGGGGGCAUGCUCCUCACAGGCAUCUCCAACUCGCUUCUCAAUAAGUGGCAGGAUAUGCAAUGUGUCGAGCGCUGCGACGACCCCAACCCGUCCAGACACGUCGAGUUCAGCCAGCCCGUUUGGCAGACGCUGCAAAUGUUCCUCGGGGAGAUGGGGUGCCUUUUGCCAGUGCUCUUUCAGAUACUACAAGAGAGGUACAAGGGCAAGCCUCUCUCGCUACAAAAGAACGGGGUUUCGAAUGGGGCGACGUAUGAGGCACUGGGGCAGAGCCCAACAACGUCCCCUCGGAUAUCAAGAGACGAGGAUAGAGCGCCAGCACCGGUUGCUGCGCUAGAGGCAGGGCCAGAGGAACCAGAGGGAGAAGCUUUGACGGGAGCAGCUGUGGGACUCUUUUUUGCACCAGCGUUGUGCGACGUGUGUGGGACGACGCUUAUGAAUGUCGGUCUCCUCUUUACGCCUGUCAGCAUUUAUCAGAUGACUCGAGGCGCUCUCGUUCUCUGGGUCGGUGUCUUUUCGGUCAUCUUCCUUCGCCGUCACCUCUUCCUCUUUCAGUGGCUCUCGCUUGUUACCGUUAUGCUGGGUGUAUGCGUCGUUGGACUCUCAGGCACCAUCUUCAAAGAGAUCGAGCCCGAAUCCAUCCCCGGUCUUCCGGUGCCCAAGGCGGUCACGACGAUGAAGGGCAACGGCGACGAAGAGCUGCCAGAGACAGUGACUGCUCUUCUCGGUGUCCUCUUGAUCCUCUUUGCCCAGCUGUUUACAGCCGCGCAAUUUGUCCUAGAGGAGAAAGUCAUGGCGCGCUACAGCGUCGAGCCACUACUCGCCGUAGGCUUUGAAGGCAUGUUUGGUGCCAGCAUCACGCUAACAGCCCAAAUCUUGCUACACUUUCUCUAUGGCCGGACCAAAGACGGUCGAGGGGGCUACUUUGACAUGGCGACCGGCUGGCGUCAAAUGAUUCACUCUGCUCCCGUGCUUUGGUCGAGUCUGGCCAUUGCCCUCUCCAUCGCCUUUUUCAACUUCUUUGGCCUCUCCGUCACGAGAAGCGUGAGUGCGACGGCAAGGAGCACGAUCGACACGUGCCGGACCAUUGGCAUCUGGAUCGCCUCCUUGGUGCUCGGCUGGGAGGUAUUUCGGCCAUUGAGCGGGAGCAUGCAGAUCCUCGGCUUUGUGCUGCUGUGCUACGGCACCCUCGUCUUCAACGCCAUCAUCAAGCCGCCACGCUUCCUGAGGCCGAGGAGGCCGCGUUACCCCAGGCAUCACAGCCGCAGCGGCAGGUCAAGGUCAAGGUCGAGGUCAAGAUCAGCAGUCAGGGCCUCCUAUGCUAGCCUACCCCAGACACCAGCUACCGAGCAUGGGCCACCCGACGCCUCUUCCUCGGCAGUCGAUCCUCAUCCCUAGGUUGACUUUUACUACUCCAGUCGUCAUCGUGACCCACAAGCGGGAUUCGACGAUGUUAAAUCAGAUUGAUAUGAUCUGCUUCCGCUGAAUGACCGUAGAGGAAGAAGAAACAUUUGUAAAGUACAGAAUGGCUAAACAAUGAGCACGCAAAGGACCGCCAGUGUCCCUCCCU